AUGAACGGUACUCCCCUCCUUCCGUCUGCCUUUCCUCAGACGCCCAAGACAAUUCCAGGGACAGCGAGAAGAAAGCUUUUCGAAACCCCCAGGUCUGGAUCCCGCGAUGUACGAGAAAGAAAACAGCGUCCCAAAUCCCCGGCGAAAACACCCAAGGUGCCCCAGAACACCAACACGCCUCUCGUUUCUGUUAACUUGAUUGAUGCGCCCUCACAACGACUCUAUGUGGUGGCUUUCUACCUGGCCCUCAAUGCGUGGCGCAUAUACGAAUCUUGGACAGCCUCUGACGAGCUCGACUCGACUUGGUUGUUUCUAAAAUUCGUGUCGGUGGACGGUGUCUUUUUGUUCGGUCUGCAGGCGCUGCGCAUACCAUGGUUGGAGUGGGCAUUCCCGACCACACUGGCGCUAUUAUUGUUGCAUGUGGUCGGCAACGCUUUCCUCAUGUUUCGAAUUCCCAUCCCUCUGAGCGCCUGGCUUGCUGGGUUGGUGAAGGUUGCUUAUGAUCGUGAGCUGUCUAUCUCAGAGCGCAAAGUCAAACCGGGAGACAUCAUUCACAAUGCCUCGUUGAUUUUGGGAAAACAAAUCGUGCAUAUUCUUCCGGAAGGCUCUGCCGUUCUCAACCCCGAGCGAGAGGCGCUCUGUCUUGACUCUCAGAGAAACAUCGUGAACCUUCCCAUCCGCGUGAACCAGACCGAUCCUAUUCUAAUUGAAGUGUUGCGCCUGGACCUGAAUACGGGCGAAAACGAAACAUUGACCAUUCCGUCCAAACAGUUAAAACAACUCAAGAAACAAGCGGACAAGAGACAUGCGACCUUGAGUCCUGUUCCUUACCGAGAUCUUCAUUUUCCUGUGAAGAAGACGGGUAUCUAUCGUCUCCAACGUGUGGUGGAUGAAUCUCAGCUCGACGUGCGCACGCGCACGUCUGAUGCUCUGGUGGUGACAUGCCCACGGGCGCUGAUAAAAAACUCGCAUAUCAAUAAAUGUAAAGGAGAACUGUCGAACCUGGUUCUUGAGGUCGAGGGCACACCCCCAUUGAAGAUUAAGUAUAGUCGGCAGGUAAACCACCAUGAUCGUGGUUUUUCGUUCCAAAAUAUCCAACCUGAUAACCUGCGUUCACCUCUCCUGAGUCAAAAGCCAGGCGGUGCUCUCUUCAGCAUCAACCAGCCUGACAUCUCAUGGGCACAAAGCCAAAAAAUUGACGUCCCGUUGAAUGAAUCCUUAAAUGUUGGUGGAGAAUGGCUCUACGCCAUCGAAGAAGUCCACGAUGCUUGCGGCAAUGUUGCCAACUACUCCACCAUUUUCGAGGAUGCAGAGCGGCCGUCGACCAAGUCAUUAUCACAGUGGCACCAAUUCUCAGUUCAUGAAAGCCCGCGCAUAUCCUUAUCUGGAUGCAACGAUCAACACCCGCUGGAGGUCGCCCGGGGAGAUAGUGUUGAUCUUCCCAUCAACUUCCAGGCGGUCGGAACGGGAUACGCCGAUGAUGGUCCCUUCUCGGUGGUCUACACGUACAACGAUGGCUCAGAUGCACAGAAGGGUACGGGUUCUAAAGAGACCACUCUCAUCUUGAGAUCAGUGGAUCAGAAAUCGCCCAUCAAAGAACCGGGCUGGUACUCUUUGGCAUCUGUUUCGAGCCAGUUUUGCCCAGGUGAUAUCUUAGAACCCGCAUCUUGCUACCUGCACAACCCACCCGAGCCGGAAGUGUCUAUUAAGGCUGAGAAGAUAUUUGAUCGGUGUGCCAACAAUGCAGUUGGUUUGCUUGUCGAUCUGGACCUGACAGGGUCUCCGCCAUUCCAUCUCCGGUAUAGCAUCGAGAACUCCAAAGGAACUAUCACGAAGACGCAAAAGAUCGAUGGACCACGAACACAAUUAGACUUUACACCGUCGGAGGCUGGAUUUUACCGCUACCGCUUUCUUGAUAUCGAGGACUCCGUAUACUCUCCACGAUCCUUGAAGGACAAAGUGGCUCCACUGGAACAGGAUGUUAAGCCACCAGCUUCCGCUCACUUCAUUGGACCCAGGACGGUGCGCAAAGCCUGCUUUGGGGAGUCUAUCUCGGUCGACUUGGCUUUUCUGGGAGAGGCUCCGUGGACCUUGCAAUACGAACUCCUUCACAAUGGAAAAAGAACCAAGCAUGUCCUCCAAUCGGAUUCCGAAAUGGCGACUAUCACUACGGACAAAUUGGUCAGCGGGGGCGAGUAUACCCUCGCGCUCACCAGUAUCAAAGAUAAGUCUAAUUGCAAACGGACACUAAAAGAAACGGUGAAGAUCGAUGCGCGGCCAAAGCCACCUCACGUUUCCUUUGGUCAGAUCGACAAGAAGAGGAGUCUAUCUGCCUUGCAAGGCUCAAAGAUCGAGAUUCCGUUGAGGCUUAGUGGCGAGAAACCAUGGACAGUGAAAUACAAGAACGUGGAUGCCAACAAGUCACCUCUUCAGAAAACAUUCUAUGAUGAGAACAGUCUUCUGAUUGUGGAUCAAGCAGGCCUUUACGAGCUUCUUGAGGUGUCUGACAACUCAUGCCCAGGGUCUGUGGACCAAGUUGCAAAAGAGUUUGAGGUUUCUUGGAUCCCUCGCCCCCAAGUCACAGCCGUGGACGGGUCACCCGUCGGGUCAACUGGCAAUUAUGUGAAGCCAGAAGUCUGUCAGGGUGACGACGACAGCCUUGAACUCCGUCUGUCUGGCAAUCCUCCGUUUGCUCUUCAGUAUGAGCAACGGCGGAAGACAGACCGUGGUACCUCUUCCGUUCGCACCAAAAAUUUGCGGACUGCGCUUAACGUGCUGUCAACCGAGAUGGACACCUCUGAGCCUGGUCACUACACUUACAGAUUCACUAACGUUGGUGAUAAUCUCUACGACCAUGACCCAAAAAGCAGUGCUUUGGUUGUGACGCAGAGGGUCAACUCACUUCCAACUGCUCGCUUUGAUUCUCCCGGUCACAUCUACGGCUUUUGCAAAGAGGAUGCCAGUGGCGAGGAAACCAUUCCGAUCACUCUGGAAGGUGUUCCCCCUUUCUCCUUGGAAAUCAGUAUCAAGCAUCACUCGAAUGCUAAACCGGAGAUUGUUUCCAUCCCUAAGAUCAACUCGAACCACCACAACUUGCCUAUUCCUCGGCGUCAUCUGGACCUCGGUCAACAUGUGGUCAGCAUCCACAAGGUGCGUGACUCCCGUGGCUGCCAGAGAGCUACCGAAUACGAUUCUUCCUCGGUCCGGGUGUCUGUCUCCGACGUCCCCACUAUCAUUCCUCUUGAAUCCAAGGUCGACUAUUGCGUGGGUGAACGAUUGUCAUUCUCUCUUUCGGGACAUGCUCCGUUUGAGGUUUUCUACACAUUUGAUGGAGCUCAACGAAAGGCCACGUCGCAGAACACGAAUUUCCGUCGCAUUGCCGAGCGUCCUGGAGAAUUCACCAUCACGGCUGUCGGUGACGGGGCCAGUGGGAAAUGCAAGGCACACAAGGAUAUCACUAAGGUCAUCCACGAGAUGCCUAGCGUGCGGAUUAGCAAUGGCCAAGUAUCUGUGGUCGAUAUCCACGAAGGUGGGGAAGCUGAACUUCACUUUGACUUUUGGGGCACACCGCCGUUUGAGUUCACAUACAUCCGAAGCUCCAAUGCCCGCAAGGGCAAGAAGUCCGAGGUGCUCGAUAUCAAGCAUGACAUCUCUUACGAGCAUCGUAAGACCGUCACUACCUCUGACGAAGGUACCUACGAAGUUGUGGCUAUCAAGGAUAAGUUCUGUUCUUUCUCUUCGCAGGUGCCGACGGGCAAGUCGGGCCGGGGUUCUUCAUGA